CUCUUUCUGACUUCUGAGAAUAUAUUAAGUCGAGUUUCAAGUCAUCCUCAAAGUCACCCGCCCCUUCAUUUCUCUGUUCUUCUUCAACACCACCCCAUCCAUGCAUUAGGGUUUAUCAAUAUUUUUUCACAAAUCUCACGUUUCCGUCUGUCCCUGUCUUAUCAGUAAUUACCUAGGUUUAAAUUAAUUUAAUGUAUUCGUCAAGAGGGACGAAUGCCUACGGGCAGCAAACCUAUGGAGGUCAAUCUGGAUAUGCACAAAAUUUGGGGGCUGGUUAUUCUGGGAGUUCCGUUGGAGGACCUGAUGGGGGAGCUCAAAUGUCCUUGGCUUCCCGGCAUUCAUCAAUUCUAGGUAGUUCUCAAGAAGCAGAUGUUGGUGGGUACAGAGCCCUUCCUUCGGUAUCAGCUCAUUAUGGGGGGCAGUAUAGCUCCAUAUAUGGCACAGCUGCUUUGAGUGCUACUCAGCAGGUUCCUGCAAUAAGUUCCAAAGGGGCUGGACCAUCAGCUUUGGAAGCUCGUAGUGCUUAUGCCUCAGCUAUGCCAGAUUCACCAAAAUUUGCAUCUACUGACUAUGUUUCAUCAUCAAGUCACAGUUAUAGUCACAAAGGUGAUCAACUGUAUGCAGAGAAGAUUCCUGACUAUCCUACAGUGGAGAGAAGACAAUAUGGAGAACGGCAGGGUGGUUAUUUGGGGAGGGACUUGCCAAGUGAGUCAAGUGGAAGAUAUGCUGAUUCUGCUAUUUAUGGUCAUCAGCAUCAGCCUGAGAUAUAUGAUCGUCUUGAUCAAGCUGUCUUGCUUCGACAAGAACAAUUGCUCAAAGCUCAAUCAGCUCCUCAUGAAGGUGGUUCAAGACAAGCUGAUUAUCUUGCAGCAAGGAGUGCUGCUAGUCGUCAUUCCACCCAAGAUCUUAUGCCUUAUGGAGGAAGAAUAGAUGCUGAUCCCCGCAGUUUAUCAUUGCUUAGUUCUUCUUCUUCUUAUGGUGGACAACCUCCAUCGAUAUUAGGGGCAGCUCCAAAGAGAAAUGUGGAUGAUCUCAUGUAUCCACCUAAUUCUGCAAAUCCUGGUUAUGGAGUGAGCCUACCACCUGGUAGGGAUUAUGGAACAAAGGGACUUCAUGUUGCAUCCCUUGAGUCUGAAUAUCCGAGUAGUACAUUGUCACGCAGUGGUCAUCCUAGGAUUGAUGAACGCAAGGAUGACAGGGCUGGUUAUCUUAGGGAGUUUGAGAUGAGAGUGGAGGAGCGUCAUCGGGAGCAUUUGCGUGAAAGAGAGAAAGACAGAGAGAGGGAAAGGAUGCGGGAACGAGAACGACUUCGAGAACGAGAAAGAGAACGUGAACGUUUGCGCAUCUUGGAGCGACGGGAGAAGGAGAGAGAACGCGAGCGCAAGCGCACACUUGAAGUUACGCGUGAAAGAACUCCACCAAGAGUUUCUAGGGACCACCGUGGUCCCUCUUUGACAAAAGAGGCUCGACCUUUGAGGCGAGACUCCCCACGUCGUGAAGCUUCGCAUAGGCGUCUCUCACCUGUUAAGGAAAAAAGGAGAGAAUAUGUCUGCAAGGUAUAUUCAUCCACCUUGGUAGAUGUAGAGAGAGAUUAUCUGUCAAUUGAUAAGCGAUAUCCCAGGCUUUUUGUACCUCCUGAAUUUUCAAAGGCUGUUCUAAACUGGCCAAAGGAGAACCUUAAGCUCUCUAUGCAUACUCCUGUCAGCUUUGAGCAUGAUUUUGUUGAAGAAGGUUGUUUAGCUGAAUCAGAAGAAAUUUCCAGCAAGCUUUUGCCUGUUGAACCUGAAAAGUCUGAACAAGGAAGUACAGUGUGGAAUGCAAAGAUGAUUUUGAUGAGUGGAUUAAGCAGGAGUGCUUUGGAAGAGCUUUCAUCUGAAAAAAUCCCUGAUGAUCGCAUACUACAUAUUUGCAAUAUUCUAAGGUUUGCUGUUCUUAAAAAGGAUCAUUCCUUCAUGGCAAUUGGUGGACCUUGGGUUUCUGCUGAUGGCAGCAAUCCUACUGAUGAUGAGUCCUCUCUCAUUCGAACAGCCCUUAGGUAUGGAAAGGAUGUAGCCAAUCUUGAUUUGCAGAACUGUCAGCACUGGAAUCGUUUCCUUGAGAUACAUUAUGAUAGAGUUGGCAAGGAUGGACUGUUUAGCCAUAAAGAGGUCACUGUGCUGUUUGUUCCAGAUUUAUCUGAAUGCCUCCCUUCAUUUGAUACAUGGCAAGCCCAAUGGCUAGCUCAUAGGAAAGCUGUUUGUGAGAGAGAGCGCCAGCUUUCCUUGAAAAAGGAGAAAUCUAAGGAGAGGAAGGAAGGAUUAAAAGACAAGGAAACAGAUUCUGCAAAACAAACUGAGAGAGGCAAACCAGAAAAAAGGAUUCAGUCUGUGUCCUCUAGUCACGGAGUAGUUGCUAACAAAAAGGAGAAACGCGGCAACUCUAUUGAAGGAGAUGCAGCUGAAGGAACGGUUAGUGGGGGUGAAAAUAAAGUUGAGGUAAAAGAUGGCAGUGAAACAGCAGUAGGAGGAGGUCCUGAGAAAAAGGAACAGGAAGAAGCUGCUGGUGCUAAGACGGGUGCUGUGAAGUCUGUGAAGAAGAAAAUUAUAAAGAGGAUUGUCAAACAGAAGGUUGCUAAUAAGACAGCUGCCGAAGUGAAUACUGCUAGCAAACAAAGUGACAAGGUUGAUGAAGAUGUUGGAGAGCAGGAUGCUAAAUCACAGAUUGCCAGUCAAAAGGAAGAAUCUUUUGCUGAUCGUGCUGGGGUUAAAACUUUUGUACGGAAAAAGAUUGCAAAAAAGGAGGCAGUUGGGAAAACUGAUCAGAGUGAAGAUAAUGGUGUUCCCCUUGAGGCAAAAGUGGAGAGGGAAACGGGGUGCUCUGAAGAUCAACCAAAGGAUAAUUCAGAUGCCAGCGGUGCUGCAGCUGUACAAAAUGCCAGUGUGAAAACAACUGUAAAGAAGAAAAUUAUUAAGAGGGUGCCUAAAAGAAAGGUACCUGCUACACAAGCUAAUAAUGAAGUAGCUGAAACUAAGGAAGAUGAUGAUAAGGAUGAGAAAGAAGUGGCUCAAGCUGGAAGUUGCACCUCAAAUAUAGGGAAGCAAGCAGGUUCAGAGAAACAAGGCAAUGCUGCUACUUCAAGUAAAUCAGAAAUCAAGGCUGAGAAGGAGAAUAAGGAUGAAAAGGUGACUAAUGUGGAGUGUCUGAAUGACAAGCAAAAGGUUAUCACAAAAGAUAAUUAUGAUGACAAGAGGGGAAAAUUGAAAGAAGCGGAAAAGUCAAAAGAUGAGAAAGAGGACAAAGAUAGUAAAGAUGAAUCCCGAAGCAAUCCUAACAGAGAAUCCAAAGAAAAGAGGAAGUCUGAGGAACCUCCUCCGAGGCAUCCUGGGUUGAUUCUACAAACAAAUUGGAGCAAGGAUUCUAAAUUGCGAUCUUUGUCACUUUCGCUGGAUUCACUUUUGGAUUAUACUGACAAGGACAUUGAGGAAUCAACAUUUGAGCUUUCAUUAUUUGCAGAGGCACUGUAUGAAAUGCUUCAGUAUCAAAUGGGUUGCCGCAUUUUAACAUUUCUUCAGAAACUGCGUGUAAGAUUUAUGACAAAAAGAAAUCAGCGUAAGAGGCAACGCGAAGAAACCCAUGAGAAGGGAACUGAUAAAAAGUCACCAACAAAAAGAUUGAAUACCAAUGAGCUCUCUGUGAAGAAUGAAUCUACUAAAUCAGAUACAUCAAGUGCAGCUCAGCAAGCUCUGCAAGAGGACGAAGUAAUUGUGACCAAGGAAGAAACUACUUCUGAUUAUGUUGAUGAGCCACAGACAAAAGACGAAAUAGAUGACGAAGAUCCUGAGGAAUAUGAAGCAAUGGAUGAUGCAAGUCCACAAUCCAAUUCCUCUAAAGAGAAAAAUGAAGAAGAGAAGACAGAUACAGAUGCUAAACCUCAAGAGGAGGCUGAGAAAGAUGAAGCAAGGGAAUUUAUCAAGGAGGAAAUGACCACAAAAGCUGCUAGUACAGGGCCUGGGCCUGAGGGAGAUACGUCUGCGAAGAGGGAGCUGAAAGUUGAUCCAAGGAAUAAGGAGCUUGCCGUGGAUAAGGAUUUGUUGCAGGCUUUUAGGUUUUUUGAUCGGAAUCGAAUUGGCUACAUUAGGGUUGAAGAUAUGAGGUUGAUUAUUCACAGCUUAGGGAAGUUUCUCUCCCAUAGGGAUGUCAAAGAACUUGUCCAAAGUGCUUUAUUAGAGAGCAACACAGGAAGGGAUGAUCACAUUCUUUACAAUAAGCUAGUUCGUAUAUCUGACAUAUGAGGAGACCUUUUUUGGUCUGAUGAUCUGUUUUAAUCUGUUUUGCAUCUAAUGACCCAUGAGAGGAACGAUUCAUAGGAGUAGAGUCACAGAUGGUUGCAUACAAGGUUUUAGCUUCUGCUGUCGAAUUAUUCAGAGCCAGUUUUUCUUUCUGUAUCAAAAAAAUAAAUAGUUGUGCUAAUCACUUAUACAAGAAAUUGCCUGCUAAGUUGCUCAAGCCCCAACUCUCUCCCCUUAUUUAUGAAUGGGUGGGUGUUUCUCA